CAGCCCUGCAGUACCACAUGAAUGAGAGAGAGAGCAUAUAUGCUUACAGGUGAUGACAAAUUUUAAUGUAAAAGUUUUGAUAACAUAAAAACAUUAAUUUCCUACUUGAAUUAUUCUGACUAUAUUCAACUCAGUCACUCUGCUAAGAUAUGGUGUAAAUAAAGUUCUUUAUGUUUGAACAGUAGAUUUGAUUUGGGAGCCUAACAGAAUGGCAAAUCAAAUCAUGUUGUUUCUGCUGCUUUGGGGGAUGAUAAGUGUGGUGACUCCUCAGGUUGUGAGACCACUCUACCCAGUAUCUGGAACCACAAACCCUCCAUCAGAUGAUGGAAGUUCUCCACGGAUUACCCUGCUGCGGCCUUUUGUCUAUUUUGGACAGACAUAUAAUUACAUUUAUGUUAACCAGAAUGGACACUUGACUUUUAAUGCUGCAUGGAAUAGUUACACACCUCAGAGGUUUCCCAUGCAUGGACCCAGAGACUUCAUCGCUCCUUUCUGGACAGAUUUGGACAACAGAGGAAAUGGUCACGUCUACUACAACCAAUACACCACCGGCAGUGUCCUCCAGCAAGCUACACAGGACAUCAACACCCAUUUCCCAGGACUAAACUUCAAUGCCAAUUGGGUCUUUGUUGCAACGUGGUAUGAGGUGGCCUACUAUCCAAAUUCGGGAACACGCACAACUGUCCAAGCGGUGUUGAUCUCUGGAGGCCAGUACACAUUUGUGCUGAUGAACUAUGGGAUAAUAGCCUCAACUACUCGAACUGUGCAGGCUGGCUAUGAUACAAUUAACUCUACUCACCAUUACACCAUCCCUGGAUCAUUCUCUAGCACUGCAACAGGCCCUAACUCAAAUUUCCGCCUUGGCAGUAAUGUCAAUGUACCUGGUCGCUGGGCCUUCCGGACAGACCACGGAUCAAGAGGCUGCACUUUUAAUGGUGAACCUGUGCAGCUGGGAGACUCAUUCUGGAGUGACAAUACCUGCACACAGAAGUGCACCUGCAUGUCAUCGGGCCUGCAGUGUGUCAGACAACCCUGCUCCUUUUCCCAAAUAUGCCAACCAAGUGCCUUUCAGUUCUCCUGCCAGACAGUGAGGCGAGGCACCUGCACCAUAAGUGGUGAUCCACAUUACUAUACCUUUGAUAACACAGUGUUCCACUUUCAAGGUACUUGCACUUAUGUCCUCUCCGAGCAAUGUGAUGGGGGGCUGUCCUAUUAUAGAGUAGAGGGCAAGAACGAGCACCGGGGCAGCACUCAUGUUUCCUGGACAAGACUGGUCAAAGUGUUUGUUUACAAUGAAACUAUUGAGCUCGUCAAAGGACAUCGUGGUAAAGCCAAGGUUAACGGAAUCUUUGCAGCCACUCCGUUUGACCUCAACAAUGGUACAGUGCAGGUUUAUGAGUCAGGUUCUUCUGUGGUCAUCAGCACUGACUUUGGCUUGGAGGUUUCUUAUGACACAAAUCAUUAUGUCAAGAUCAGUUUGCCCUACACUUACCAGAAUGCAACGUGUGGCCUGUGCGGAAACUUCAACAAUAACCCCAGGGAUGACUUUAUAACUCGCCAAGGCGAGCUUGUGAGCUCUGAUGUGGUUUUUGCCAACAGUUGGCAAGCAUCAGGGGACGAUGAGCCUGGAUGUGAGCCACAGUGUGAAGGUCUGGCCUGUGCUGGCUGCACUGAAGAACAGACAGCUUUAUACAGCAACACUGAACACUGUGGUAUCCUCCAGAACAGUUCUGGACCUUUUGCUGCUUGCCAUCAAAAACUUCCCCCACAGACCUUUGUGGAGAGCUGUGUGUAUGAUCUGUGUGUAGGAGGAGGAUACCAGCCCAUUCUGUGUCAAGCCCUAAAUGUUUAUGCAAGUCAGUGUCAGCAGAAUGGUAUCCAGCUGCCAAGCUGGAGGAGACCAGGCUUCUGUGAAAUCCCCUGCCCAGCCAACAGCCAUUUUGAGUCCCAAGGCACAGGAUGUCCAGCUACCUGUGUCAAUCCCAAUUCCACCCACAACUGCCCUCUCCCUGCCCAGGAGAGUUGCAUCUGCAAUUCAGGCUACAUCCUCAGUGCUGGGGUCUGCGUCCCUCAUUCUGAGUGUGGCUGCAGCUUUGAGGGUCGCUACUACCGCUCUGGAGAAACUGUAAUACUGGAUGAGGACUGUGGGAGACGUUGUAGCUGCAGUUAUGGCACCAUGACCUGUCGCUCACAUGGUUGUAGUCCAUUUGAAUCAUGCAGGGUGGAGGAUGGAGAAAGAGGGUGCAGACCUAACAGCUACGAAACAUGCUGGAUAAGGGGCCCAGGAUCAUAUCAAACAUUUGAUGGAGUGACAUACCAGUAUCCUGGAGCAUGUCGAUUGACUCUUGCCAGAGUGAUGGGAUUGUCUCAACACCCCCACUUUGUGUUGACAGCAGAAAAAGUGCCCAGAGGCCAGCAGGGUUUUACCAGGCUACUGAAGUUUGAGGCAGAAGGAACGCAAGUCUCCAUUGAGAUGACAAGUAGCAGCAGAGUUCGCGUUGAUGGUCAGCUGAUCCGACUACCAUUCAGCUUAGCAUCCAACCGAAUCCAAAUCUAUCACAGCAGCAUUCACAGCAUCAUCCUUCGCACCUCCUUUGGUGUGACUGUGCAGACAGUCUGGCCUCACUUUGUGCGUGUCACUGCACCUGGUAUCUACAAUGGUUCACUGGGUGGACUCUGUGGUAACUACAAUGGUCACUCACAUGAUGACUUCCGCACACCCAAUGGCGUUCUGGUCAACAGCUCUCAGGUCUUUGGGGACAGCUGGCGAGAUGGCUCCCUUGCUGCUCACUGCGUGGAAAGUGUAAAUAACAAUUCCACAACAAAUUACAACUCUAGUGAGUACUGUGGAAUUAUUAGCUCACCACAUGGGCCAUUUACCCAGUGCUGGCCCAUGGUAGACCCACAGGAGCAGGUGGAUGCAUGUGUGGAGAUCAUCAGAGUCUCUAGAGAUCCAAGAUCAACGCUAUGUGAGGUCCUACGAGAUUAUGCACUAAUGUGUCAACAGAAAGGCGUAGCCCUGGGACACUGGAGGAAUGCAACUGGCUGUGAGCAAACCUGCCCUCAAAACAGUCAUUAUGAACUCUGUGGAACCACUUGUCCUUCCACCUGUCCCAGCCUCUCUUUCCCUUUCACCUGUGACACCAUGUGCCAGGAGGGUUGCCAAUGUGAUGAUGGUUUAACCCUCAAUGGCAACCAGUGUGUGCCACCAACAUCCUGUGGAUGCCAUCAUCAAGGACAGUAUCACCAAAGUGGUGAGCAGUUCUGGGAUGGCGAGGAAUGUCAGAGCUUGUGUACUUGUAAUGGUACAACUGGGACAGUCCACUGUACACCCAACUCCUGUGGUCCCCAGGAGUCCUGCCGUGUGGUGGGGGGAGAGUUGGGCUGCCAUCCCAACCCUCAUGGCACCUGCUCUUCCUCUGGAGACCCCCACUACAUCACAUUUGAUCGCAAGGCCUAUGACUUCCAGGGAACCUGCCGCUAUGUUCUAGCAACCGUUUGUAAUGCUACUGAUGGAUUCCACCAAUUUUCAGUGGAAGCCAAGAAUGAGCCAUGGAAUGGGUUGUCACUUUCACUUGCAGCUGAAGUUUUUGUGAAUGUGUGGGGUUACCAAGUGCACCUUUCACGGGAAAGACGUGGUGUGGUUCAAGUCAAUGGAGUAACCAGGAAUUUGCCUAUUCUCUUGGACGGAGGUCAUGUGUCUAUCUAUGCAAGUGGAUCUCGUGUAUUUGUCAGCACUGAUUUUGGCUUGAGUGUCACCUUUGAUGGAUAUAGUACAGUGUUUAUCUCUGUACCUGGAAAUUACAGUGGAAAAACAUGUGGACUUUGUGGAAACUUCAAUGGAAAUCCAAAUGACGAGUUCCGAACCCCAGCAGGAACGAUAGUCACCUCUCCAGAUGCGUUUGGGACAGCUUGGAAGGUUCCAGGCAACUACACCUGCAGUGAUGGGUGUGGUUCCUCCUGUCCACAGUGUACCAAUGAGCAACCUGCUAGAGCUCAGUGUGAAGUGAUUCAAGCAGCCGACGGCCCCCUCAGCUUCUGCCAUGAGGAGGUGGACCCAACGCCAUAUUUCAAUGACUGUGUGUUUGAUGUUUGUGUGUCAGGAAACCAAGGCCAAGAUCUUCUUUGCAGGGCCAUUGAAGCGUAUGUCAGUGCCUGUCAGUCAGCUAAUGUCCGAAUCUACCCUUGGAGACAGAACACCACCUGCAGACUGGACUGUCCAGCCAACAGCCAUUAUGAGCUGUGUGGUACCGACUGUGGCCACACCUGUGCCAGCAGCAUUGAUGCCACCUGUGAGCAGGUUUGCUCCGAAGGAUGUUUCUGUGAUGAGGGCUUUCACAGGAGUGGGACGAGGUGUGUUCCUGUGGAAAGCUGUGGUUGCCUAUAUGAUGGCUUCUACUAUGAUGCUGGAGAGUCCUUUUGGACAGAGGGUUGCUCCCAGAAAUGUGAAUGCCAUGCUCCCAAUGACCUGCGCUGCUCUGCUGCAUCUUGCACUCCAGCACAAGAGUGCACCAUCAGAAAUGGCCAGCUGGGCUGUUUCGAUGCAAUGUCUACUUGCACUGUGUGGGGGGAUCCACACUACAUCACCUUUGAUGGGGCAGUGGCUCAUUUCCAGGGCACAUGCACUUACAUCAUCACUGAGAGUGUGAGCCACGGCACCAACGAAAGCCGGUUUCAGGUAGUAGCCACCAAUAAUCACCGUGGCAACAACCGUGUGUCAUUUGUAUCAGCAGUGGAUGUAUACCUCUCAAAUCAACUAGAGAGUGAAUACAUCAGGAUUGGACCAAACAGAAGAGUAAAGGUAAAUGGAAGUGAGAUAUCUCUUCCUGCCACUGUGGGAACCUUGGGUCAGGUGGUAAGGCAGGGAAGCUACAUAGUGGUCGAUACCACUGACCUGGUCAUCCAGUAUGAUGGCAGGAGUUCCUUACUGGUCAGAAUGGCCCAACACCGUCAAAACAGAGUCACUGGGAUGUGUGGAAACUUCAAUAAUAAUCCUGCAGAUGACAAAGUCUUGCCCAAUGGCACCCUGGCACAGAAUGACAAUGAGUUUGGACACAGCUGGAAGGCACCCACCAGCCAACCAGGAUGUGGGUCUACUGAUGUAGGGGGUGGUGACGGACUGGAUGACUGUACCUUCAUGGAAGAAUACUCUCAGCUCUGUAGCAUCAUCACCAACACCACCGGCCCAUUCAGAGCUUGUCACUUGCACUCCGACCCCCAGCCAUUUUUCAGUUCCUGUGUCUAUGAUCUCUGCCUCUACACUCCAGCCAAUGGCAUGCUGUGUUCUGCCAUCUCAGCCUAUGAGAAAACCUGCUCAGUUUUGGGGUUGGACAUCCCAGAGUGGCGCCCGGCUUUGCGAUGUGCUGAGUCAGACCCAUGUGAUCUGUUGGACUGCUCAGAGCGUGAGUGGUGUGGUGAGAAAGAUGAUGUUUAUGGAUGCUUCUGUGAUGAACAUCACCAUCGGCCCAACAAUGAGAGCUACGACUCAUCCAUCACUUGUGUCAGUAGUUCAGGCACAAUAUCCCUGUCACGUUGCCAGCUCUUUGAAGCUGGCUUCCAUCCAGGUGCUCUACACCUGCAGGAUACCUCCUGCAACGGUACUCUUCAGGAUGGACGACUGGUGUUCUCUUUUAACAAUGACGACCAGCUUUGUGGGACAGUUCUCAGGAGCAACGGGACCCAUUUCAUGUAUGAGAAUACCAUCGAGGGCGAUGUGGACCCUCAUGAGAGCAUCAUUAGCCGUGAGAAGAGUAUUCACCUGCACUUCUCCUGUGAAUAUCCUCUGGCCCAGGCCCUGUCUAUGGAUGUGGGCAUCAACCCUUUAGAGAGCAUUGUGAACAAGAGGCUUCCAUCUGGUCAAGGUCACUAUCAUUUGAGGAUGAUCCCCUAUGAAGAUGCUGGCUUCCGCUACCCCCUGACCAGAAACAGAAACCUAGAGAUGGAGAUAGAUCAGAGGCUGUACAUCGAGGUGCAGACAGAGGGAGUUGAUGAACGGCAGAUCUCCACCAUUCUGGACUCUUGCUGGGCAACACCUUUCAAUGAUGCCAGCUACCCUGUCCGCUGGGAUCUCAUCACCUCAGAGUGUCCUAAUCCAACAGAUGGUACAGUGGAGCUGGUUCAGAAUGGCGUCUCCACUGUGGCCAGAUUCUCCUUCAGGAUGUUCACCUUUACCAACUUUUCAUCCAUCUACCUGCACUGCCAGGUCCACCUGUGUCUUUUGAGCCACAACAACUGCACAGCUCAUUGCUAUCCUGGUUAUCACACAAGAAUGGUGAGGGAUAUUUCUCACCAUGACAGUGCAGCCAUCUCACUGGGACCACUAGUCCUGAAAUCAGAUGAAAGCAUGAAGCAGAGCAGCGCCCCAGGCCAGUUGACCUCUGUGGUGACCCUGCUAGUCAGUUUGCUGACUGCCAAAAUUCUGACCUAGAGAAAUCAAUAAUACAUUGAUGUAUAUGUAUUACACCACAAUAUAUUAAUCAGUCAGCAGUACCUGUAUCACUGUGCAUUGAUUUAAGAACUGCUGGUUAUUUUUCUCCAAUGUGUCCUACUUCAAAAAUGAUAAUAAGGUACCUUUUUUGGUACACACCUGAAAAAGUUGCAGAUGUUACAGAAUAUUUAGAAAUACAUCCCAUCACAUCUCUCCUGAAUUGUGUUCUUUUCUAAGAAGUCUCAUUUAAAUUGUGGUGUUUUUUCUUUCCAACAUUAGAGGGCAGCACAAGAUCAAAUACACACUACCCACACUGAUCAUCUGCUGCUCACCUUUUUGUAUUCAGUAUAAUGUUUAUCAGUUGUAUCAUCAGGGCCAUUGCAAUUACUUUUACUAUCUUUAAAUCAAUAUUUCAGCAAUGAAAAUCAUUGAUACUGAAGAUGAAAAUUAUAAAUGAAGUAAUUUGUGUGUGAAAUAUGAAUAUGAAAUAUGAAUGUAUAUAUUUUGGAACAAAAAAUAUAGUCUGGGCUGUAGAUUACUCAAGGACUCAAAGGCUGUUUGAUAUUUUUGUCUUCAUAACUUUUUAAAAAACACUUUUAAAAAAUAAUAAAAAUGGCAUUCUCUUAAAA